UUGGACAAAAUACUGACUUGAGUGACCAAUAACAAUUGAAAACACAAAAGGCAAAAAUAUUCACAACUACUGACUUGUGUUAUUCAAUCAAUGGCUACUGUUGCACUAACAUGUUCUUUACCACUUCAACCACCUUCUGCUUCUUCACAAUCACAGUCCCGCAAAUUGGUUGAUACGAUUGUUUCAACUCCAGCUCAGUAUAGCAGUAGCAGUACUAAUAGCUAUGGAAGCUUAAAACCCAUUGUAGUAAAUGGGGACCCGCACACUUUCGUUUCAGCUCCGGGUCGUCGAAUUGUCGCGGUCGGAGAUUUGCAUGGAGAUCUUGACAAGGCAAGAGGUGCACUUGAGACGGCUGGUGUGCUGAGUUCUGAUGGUCAAGAUUUCUGGAUUGGCGGUGAGACGGUGUUGAUUCAGCUUGGAGAUAUACUUGACCGAGGUGAAGAUGAACUUGCAAUUUUAUCAUUGUUGAAGUCACUAGACAUCCAAGCAAAAGCUCAUGGUGGAGCAGUUUUCCAGGUCAAUGGAAAUCAUGAAACUAUGAAUGUAGAGGGGGACUUCAGAUAUGUUGACAAUGGGGGACUUGACGAGUGUAUAGACUUUCUGGAUUACUUGGAGGAAUGUGAACACAACUGGGAAGAAGCUUUUGUCAGUUGGUGUGCUGUGUCUGGCAGAUGGAAACAAGAUCGGAAGGUGUCUCAAAAUUAUUGGGCUCCAUGGAAUUUGGUAAAGCGGCAAAAGGGUGUAAUUGCAAGAUCAAUCCUCAUGAGACCCGGAGGUCCAUUGGCAUGUGAGUUGGCACGUCAUGGUGUUGUUCUUAAGGUUGAUGAUUGGCUCUUCUGCCAUGGUGGCCUUCUUCCUCAUCAUGUUGCCUAUGGUUUAGAGAGAUUGAAUAGAGAAGUAUCUCAAUGGAUGAAAGGUCCGAGUGAAGCUGACGAUUCUCCGCAGAUGCCUUUCAUAGCCACCAGGGGCUAUGAUAGUAUCGUGUGGAACCGUUUGUACUCCAGAGAUUCAGAUCUGGAAGACUACCAGAUCGAGCAGAUCCAAUCUCUUCUUGAAGAGACACUGCAAACUGUGGGUGCCAAAGCGAUGGUUGUAGGGCAUACUCCUCAACCUAUGGGGGUGAAUUGCAAAUACAACUGUAGCAUAUGGCGAAUUGAUGUGGGAAUGUCUAGUGGAGUACUUGGCUCGAGCCCUGAGGUCCUAGAAAUAAGAGAUAAUAAAGCUAGAGCCCUAAGGAGCACAAGGGAUUGGUCCAGUGAACUUCAGGUUGCUGAUUACACGUAGAUUUCAUAGGAACCCCAAGGUAUGCUGAGAUGAACUUUAUUAUGCAUUUGGUAUGAUGUUUCACGUUAUACCAUGUCAAGGGUUGAUGCUAUUCUGGUUGCAGCACCAAACUCUCUCCCGUCCUUGCAAAUAUAAAACAGAAAUGAAGAAUAAAAAUAUAGUAAAAUAAAGGACCUCUCCUUACUUUCGUUUUUCUUUUCAUCUUUAUUUUUGUCUGGUAUUGCGUGCUUUUGAAUGAUUCGAACCAAUUUGCAUAUAAAGGGAAAAAGAAAAAGUGAAAAACCGAUCUGGAUAUAUUUUUCACUGGAAUAAAUGCCAUGAGGCUUGUUAUGUUUUAAUGGGGGGACAUUCAGAAGUUCAUAAAAUUCCUUGAAUUUGCUUCUCUGAAUGAAUGAACUUGUCUGCAUCCUUAGGGGGAGUUCCCUCAUCCACGAAAAGAACAUGUACUACAGUAAUUUUUUCAGGAACAAAAAAAACUUUUUGUGAGUUCAGAUGACAGAAAUAAAAGAUGCCUGUAGGACUUGGAUUUUCUCAACCCCAACUUUGCAAUCCUAAAAAAUUCCCUCAUCUUAUUUGUUUCUACAGGCUUUUCAUAUAUCUUUGAAAUUUCACCACUGACAUGGCUCAGUGCCUGUUUGAACUUUGAACUAGAAUAAAACAAGACGGGGUUUUUGUCUCUUACAAAUGGCCAUAUGAAUUGGUGAAUGAGUGAAUUUAUCCAUUCCAGAAAACAGGGAACUGUGGAUUGAAAGCUGGCUCCUUGUUUUCUAUUUGUAUAAAUCGUGUAUAGUGAUUCGUUGUAAUUUAAAUACUAGUCAGAAAUAUGCGUGUUCAUUAGUAUUUGAACAAGGUAUAUAAGAAAAAUAGCAUCAUA